AGAGAAUGACACAUGUGCUGUUUCCUUUUCCAGUUGUAAAAGGGUCAGGAGCCAGGCAAGGAGAGCCUGAACAAGAGGAGCAUUUUCCUGGGCUCUUCCAGCUGUUCUGUUCAAUCCCGCCGUCGGUUCUGAGCAGGGAAGAGAGACUGUCAACACAAAUAAGGCAUUUUUCAAAGGCGUAAAUUAUGAGUUACCAAAACAAUACGACAUCUCAACCACAUGGAGACAUCGAGAGCCCCACAGCUGGAGCAGAUGUGGCUGUUAUUGGAGGUGUGAUUGCUGCAGUGGUAUUUGUUCUCAUUUGCCUACUGGUGGUGAUGGUCCGGUACAUGUACAGGCAUAAGGGCACCUACCACACCAACGAGGCAAAAGGAACUGAGUUUGCCGAAAGCGCAGAUGCUGCUUUGAAAAAUGACCCAGCUCUCCAGGAAGCAGUGGAUGAGAGCAAAAAGGAAUAUUUCAUCUGAGGGGCAAGGAUUUCCAUGGAGGCUUCUCCAAGGGAAUCAAUCAGAAAUGCUACAUCAACAGAAGUGCUAAGAGAUGGAUAAUAUGAGGAUACAGGCAAGCAUCCUAAACUGAAAAGUACCUCUUUACUUUUUUUGUCACUGGGUUGUUUCUUUUCUCUCCUGGUGAAGAACUAAAUGCUGGGUACUUGCCUGUUGAAAUUUAUUAGCAACACAGCUGGUUACAGUUGAAAUCAAUAUCAGAUAAGAAGAAACAAAAUCUCAGUAUGAGUGAUACACCAAAACCAGAUAAAGAUAGCAAAUGUCAAGCCUUGACAUUUGGUGAAAAUAGCAGAUGCCAAUGGAAAAUAUCCUCUUAGAAUUAAUGAUGCGUCCUAUGCUGAUAUGAUACAGAACUACCUGAAACUGAAUUUCAAAUGGUUACAGAACAAACAUUAAACUAGAUAAAACUGAUGUAGCUGAAAUAAAAAUAGCUUUGUAGCACAGCUAACUCCCCCCUCCCCUUAAAUGUGCAAUUUUAUUAGCACAGGGGACUUUGUUUUGUUUUUUGGGGGAUUUAGAUUGGGAUUUUUUGUUAAUUUUUUUGAAUUUUAUAUAUAUAUAUAAAUCAAAGACACUUCAAAGAAAUAAACUGUUGGAAAACAUGGGAAAUGUAAGAAUGAAGGACUUAUUUCUAACUUGCUCUGCAUGGCAGCUUGAGAACUGCAAAAUGUUGGAAUUUACAAUGUAGCAUACAAUAGUCAGUAGACUUACAAAUACAAUUCCAAUUAGUAAGCUCCCUGCACGCAUGCAUAAAUAGGUAGAUGUUAAAAAAUAGAACAUCUUGGUUUGAGCAGGACUUCUGAGUAAAUGGAACUCAGCUAGAUUUUUUUUCAUGUAAGAUAUUUUUGCCUGAGUAUUUAUUUAUUUAUUUUGCAUUGGAAAAUUCUCUUGAAUGCUAGCCAGCAGGAUUUUGGAUUUUUGCAGGGAGACAAAUUCAGUUCUGGUGCAGAUACCAACGAAUGUUUUACAAAUGCAACCAUAAGACUGCCACUGUAAAGAAGUUUGUUCAUCUGCAUCCCACUGGCUUGUAUGGAUGUCUCCCUCUGUAUGGACUCUCUAUAUCCUUUGCAUUGUGCUAGCUAAGAGAAUUACACCAACCAUCAGUGCUUUAUUUUUAACAAAUAAAUAGAUUAGUCAUGGUGGGUCACAUGAAAACAUCUUAUUCCUUGCCUAAGAUCGACAGUGAUGAGUUUCUUUAACCCAGUAAGUUGUCUUCCUAACUGAAGCCCACAGUUAUCUCUGCAAAUAGGAUAAUUGUUCUUUUCACCUGCUCACCCCCAGCUGCAGUGGUGCACUGGACUACUGAAAAUAGAGGGGGAGAAAUACACUAUAACAAAUAAGAUACUGAUGAGCUCUGCUCAACUUUAUGUAUUUUUUCCUAUGUUUUGAUCUAUAUAUGUGUGUACAUACAUAUAAAGUCACCUACAGCUGUGCUUUCAAGACAUUGUUGCUGAUCACUUGUGCUCACUUCCUGGCACCAAAGCUUGGAAAGCUUCUGGAUUCCAGUAUCCAUUACUGACACUGGCCACAAAUAUGCUGUAAGAGAAUACAGAUCUGAACAAGAAAAGACUCUGAGGACCCAAGUGAAGAAAUGGGAUAUUUUUGUCUUUCAAUCACAAUCGCAGUCUUUUCUCAGUACUUGAAGGGGAUGGACUCUGGUUUAUUCUUAGAAUCCUGAUACCUAUGAUUUUGAAUCUUAAAUCCCUGCUUCUUUGCAUUUUAACCAAAAAUAUCAAAAUUGUGCCAAAUUUACUAAAUGCUUAAGAUAUUUUUUAUAACAUACCAUUGCACAACCACAUUGUAUUCUGUGGCUAGUGCAAUAUAAAAUGCCUAAACCCCAGCACUAUCAGAGUUCAAAUAUUUUGGUAUUAUCUACAUGACUUUUUAUUUCUAAGAUGCAUUACUAUCUUAAUCUUUUUACUACUUUUGGAAAAGAAUAUGGUUUUAUUUUUCUGGGACAAGUGUUGGAGAAAUUCACUAAUCUUAGCUGUAAGGUUGAAUUUGUAAAACUGAAGACCCCUGACCAUCCAGUUCAGUAAAAAUGUAAAUAUUUCCUCUGAGGAGAGGAUAAAUGUGGUGAUUUGAGCUCUGCUGCAUCUCCCACACAAGACAUGGAAACACCAUGAACCAUUCCUCCAGUUCUAGCAGGACCUAUAGAGGGCUACCAGCCUUUUGUUCCCUGUUAUAUAUUCAAAACCAUGUGAGGUUAGCCUGGUUGUUAAAGAAAAUUGACUUUAAAGGAAGGCAUGAGGAACAUGGGGAGUAAAUUCCUGUCUCUCUCCGCAGUCAUGAAAUUCUAUUUUUUGCAACUUGAGCCUUCUGCUUAUAAUUAGACAACUGUGUCAUACCUGAUACACAGGAGAACCUGAAAUAGUGUCUCUUUUGGGGGGUGCGUGAGUUUUUUAAUUAUGAGGAGGACUUGAGACAGGCUAACUGUCCACAUUGGAACAUAAGGGCCAGAUUUUCUGGUGGUGUAUGAGUUAGUGGAGCUCAGCCAGUUCUUCUCAGUUCAGUCAACACCAGGCUUUGAGUCAUUGCUUUCCCUAAAUCUGAACUGAAUGCAACUACUGGUCUUUGACUAUAUUCCUUCUUAGUAGCUUAGUUAAAUCUCUUUAUCCCAUUUUCCCUAUUCAUCUAAGCUGACAAACAGUCCAAGCGUACAGCAACAGCUUCCCUAUCGGUAAUGAGCCACUUUGAAUAUUUGCAGAGCAGUGACUCCAGCAAGAGCUAUGGUUUCAGUUAGUUUAUUUUUUUUUACAGUGUUCAUUUGGGUUUUAGGACUUUGUGUAUUUAGAAAUGACUCAAGCACGCUGAACAGAAGGAAGAGUUGGUUUGUAGAGAUUUUCUGUCUAUUUUUUUUUCCAGGACAAAUUUUGCUUUGUAAUGAAGAAAGCUCAUGACAUUUGAUGACUGGCAGACUCUCAUGUCCUCAUCCUGCUAUUUUUUACUCAUACAAUAACUCUACUGUCUUGAUUCAUUCAGUUUAGCUAUAAAGAGAGUAUAUUAUAAACUUCCUAUAACUUUUAGGACUAAUUAGCAACACAUCCUUCUGCAAGCAACAUGCUGUGCUUAAACAAACAUGAUGUACAACACCGAGACAUCUCAGCUGGCAGCCAUAGCUUUUCAUCACUGAUGAUUAAAUGAUUUUUACAAUUUGCUUCCUGAAUAGGAGAAUUAAGGAAACAGAUUCUUUUUUUCCCCACAUACUUUUAUCCCGGGUCCCUCUACUGCUGUGGCCUGUUGUCCUGCGACUCUCUGGUGCCCCAUCUACCCAACCAUGACUGCUAUUCUUGCUUGCAAUCCCCAGGCUCCCAUCUGGAUCACUAUCUGGAUCACCACUGGAUCACUCCCCUAUGGCAAAGGAUUGGCCAUUUAUUUAUGUAUUUAUUUAUCUAUUUUUAUCAGUGAAGAUACUCUGUCCCUCUCUGCCAGCCAAGAACCAAUUUUCAAAAAAAGUUUAGCUUUGGAUUGACAAUCCUGUGUCAAAUUUUAUCAAACCUGAGAAAGCUGACCUGAGACUGAUCACAUAUGCCACAUUUUCAGAAAACAGAUCUAAACUAGCACUGCAAGCUCUGUAGUUAGUUAAAUUUAGUGCUAUAAAUCUCCAGUGUGCACUAAACAAGGGAACAGUAUGAAGAUUCCUGAUGCCUUAAUGCCCUGUGAAAGCUUGUUGAAUCACACUUUGCAUAGAAAGCCACAGGUCCACAUUUAGAAAUAUAAGUAAUUUCUCAAUGAUGUAAAGGAAAGCUGUGCAUCAAAAUGACCAAUAUUUACUGGAGCUGGAAAAGAGAAGAUAAAAAAGAUCUUGUAGGAAUACAAGACAUUUUUUAACGAUAUAGGAUAUGACAAAAGUUAGUAUUUCUUAUUACAUUGGUAAGCUUUAAUUGUGGGUUCAUGGAGUUUUCAAAUUCUCUCACUGAAAAGAAUCUUUGUUUGCAAAGGGAAAUUAAUCUCCUUUUAAACCAUCUCUUCUUGUUUGGCUUUGAAAACAGUCUUCACAGAUUCAAUAUUCUACCAUUCUGCUUUAGCAUCUGGAACUCAAUUUCUUUGCAUUUUUGGAGCAUGCCUGUACAGUCCUGCCCUGCACAAUGCUGACUGCUUGCCAAUGUCAGCCCCUGGAGCAGCAUUACAGCUCAGCAGAGUAAUUCUGUCCAAAAGUGAGCCCCAAAUGUGUAUCUGGCCACCCAUUACUGGUACGCAUUUUUUUCUGGGGCUUGGCUUCUAUCAUUCCAGGUUUUCCUGAGGUCCAGUGUGCCAUUGAACAUUAAUGCAGUCCUGCAGAGGAUUUAAUCAGCCACUAGUCAAAGUAACUAUAUAUGUAUUUUUAUCUUUUUUAGAACAACAGGACCAAAUAACUUUGGGAGACUAUCAGAACAUCAACAUUGAUUUUUCUGUUAAAUCAAAUCUAGGGGUCAUUGGGGGAACACCAGGACAGAAAACCGAAAAGGACUGUUCCCUUUCAGCACAGAAUGCAGACAAGGUGCUGAAACAUUUUUAGCUGCAGGAUAAGUAGGAUAGCACCACUAGCUACAGCCUGUGAGGAUUCCUCACAGAAUACAGGAAACACUGAGACAAGACGUAAAUCAGUAAAAAGAUACAUGGUAGGAGAAGGCAAUUAGAUGCCAAUAGAGAUGGAGAGUAGUUUUUCAUCAAACAAAAUAGAUAUUGCUGUUUGGAGAAAUCAAAGUGUAUUUGUUGAAGGUAACUGCUGACAACAAUUUUCUUUGAAUUAUAUGAGGUGUCUGAAUACCUUGCAUGUGCAAGUCCCAUCAAAAAAUGCUGGUAAAUACACAGCAAAAGGGUAUUCACUUUAAAUGUAUUAAGAGAUGUUUAUUGCAUUUUCUAAGAUCUCUCAGUUCUUCACAUGAGAAAGCUUUGUGUAUUUAGAAAAUGCAGAACCUUCACAGCAGCAGUUCUUAUAAGUCAGAAGACUAAAGAACCCCUGGAUAAGCAAUGAACACACAUCUGAUGCCUGGAAAUUUAGGUAGUUAAUAAAGGAAGCUAACAAUACCAAAGAAAAACACAUAUCGUGAGUAAAAAUUCCAACCAUAUUACAAAAAAAUGAAAUGUUUGUAGUAGUAGAAGUACUUCUCUAGUUCAAGAUGGUGAUAUUGUCAGUGAGUGGAAAUAAGGAAUCCUUAUUCUACAUGACUGUUCCCUGUGUCGUUGGGAUAAAAUCCCACUGAAUUCAGCAGAACAAGAAUUUUGCUGACUAUAUCUAUCCUUCCUGCAAAAAAAUUGUAUUCCGACCCAUGUCAGAAAGAAACACAGUAAAUUAAAGUAGAAAUCUUUAUACGUGCUGAUCUUUCAGCAUAUCCUCUUGCCUUCCCACUGUUCUUCUGUUGUUUCAAACUCUAUGUAUGGCAGAAAGUAUCUGAUACAUUCUAUUAAAGUCUAUUUGAAUUGCAGCAUUGCUAUGACAAGAAUAGAGAAUACAGAGCAUUCAAAGCUUACUGCUGAUUGUAUGUUAAAGCUGACUAUAAUGUUUGUAUUUACCAAAGCUAUUAAUACUUUGCUGGUGUAAAUCUACUAUAUCUUGAAAGGGGGGGGAA